GCUGCAGCGGACGAGUGUCAGUGAUGCUUGAAUGAGGUGAAAGAGAGAGAGAGAGUCAGACAGAGAGAGAGAGAGAAGUAGGGAGGACUUCAUUGUGGACCUUACGGGGUUGGAGGCCGUUUUUUUCUAUCCUGAACCUUUGCCGAUGUGCCACAACUAUCCAGCUGUCACUGCAGUGGCUGUUUCUUUGGUACCCUAUCCUCUCUCUGGACGGAGCUCUCUAUGCCACUACAUGAAUGGAUAUGCACCAGCUCAGUGGGAGAUCUCUGCUUUCUCAUCCUUUGCUCCACUGAUUUGUUUCUCAAGAAACCAUGGUGAGCAAGGAGAGCAGCAGGGUCGUGCUCUCCAACUCAGAGUCAGAUUCAGAGACAGGCCCGUCACAUAGCUUGGAGGCACAAUACGGUCCUGACGGCAAACAGCAGGUGAAGAAGAGGAACAAAGCCUUACAAGUCCGCUUCAAGGAUAUCUGUGACGCCCAGAACGAGCAGCGGGCAGGGGGGCGAGGAGCAAGGUCCAUUUCCUGUAAAGUGGCAUACAGGAAGUACAUGGCGAUGCCUGCGCGGCGCUCCAUCCCCAAUGUGACUAAGAGCACGGGUGUUCAGACGUCACCAGACCUUACGAAACACUACCAGACUUUCCCCUUCGAGCGAAAGAAAGGCCACACCAUCAAACACACGGCCUUGGUGGAGGACUACAAGGGUCAAAACAAUGGGUUUUUGAGUGACUUGAAAGGUCAGGACGAGGCAGUGAGUUUAGAGCAGUGCUCAUCAUCUCAGGGUGCAGGGAAGCAUGUGCGGCAGACGCAGGCACUGCUCCACCACAGGGACGACAGCAGUGGCACAGAGGAUCUGUUAUCCGGUGCCAACUGCGUAGACGGGCGUGCAUGCCCGGACCCCUCUCUCCUCACAAAGGGCACAGAGUGCUUUGCAAAUGACCCAACUCCCAUGGGAGAGCCGGAGAACCAGGCUUCUGGCGUGAGGACCAAACACAAAGUAUUAUCCAAAGUGGACACGACGGGUGCCAACCCUUCCGCCAAACGCCAGUUGGCAAACUGCGAGGAACUCUUACAGGACACAAGAUUAAAGGUCACAAGUCCUGUUGCCUGGAACUCCCUGACGCAAGUGGAAAGUCUAGGCCUAGGGAGUCCGUCGGUGCACCACAAACGCAAGAAGGCCAUGCAGCCCAAUGGACAACAGUCUCAGACACUGCCCCACCCCCACAGUGCUGGCUGCUCUGUGGUCAAGGUAAAGGCACAUCAGUACCAAUCAGGGACUUUACCAGCCCCAAGGAAAACACAGUCGGGCCUGGAGGAUCAGGCUUGCCCUCCAGGGCGGCAGGGUGCCUGUCAGCAGAUAGUGCCCUUACCUGGGAAUGGGGAUAUUAAGGGAAAGCUCCAGGCCAUGGAAAACCUCAUCAGCUCCAGUCAGGAGACCAUCAAGGUUUUACUGGGGGUCAUCCAAGAGCUGGAGAAGGGCGAGGCUCAAAGAGAAGGGCUUUCCUACCGAACGGGACAGGACACAGCCAACUGUGACACGUGUCGAAACAGUGCCUGCAUCAUUUAUAGUGUGGAGCUGGACUUCAAGCAGCAGGAGGACAAGUUACAGCCCCUGAUUAAGAGACUGUGCCCCUUGGACAACUCUCAAUACCCUGCUCUGCCUUACCCCCACGAGGUGUUCACUUCAACCCCCAAACGCAAGUCCAAGACAGAGUCCAAAAAGCAUGGUCGCUGGAAACUCUGGUUCCUUUAACUUAGGGAAGACCUUGGCUUUUGAAAUGGACUUUUGGAUCUGUUUUUACACAUCAAUCUUCCCUCAAAGGGAUCUAUCAUAACAGUAGAUGUUCUGCUCCAGGGAACGGAUAAUCUGAUAACAGUAAAUCAUCUAAAUCAGGAUUCUAAGUUUGAACUGCACUAGAAAUCAAUGGGGGAUUUUUUUUAAACAAUCUUAGCUCUGCCAAGCCUCCAGUUUUUGGUUCAAAACCGGAGAAGGUCAACUUAUACCCUGGCUAAAGGUUAGCAGAACUACAUGGUGAGACUGGAUAUAUUUUUGUCAUCAUGAAAUGUAGCCCACAAAUAUGAAGAUGGAUAUUAUUUAUUUACCGGGCAAAUGUUUCUCUCACUUUUUAAAAAUUAUUUCCAAUGGCACACCUUUUUGGUCUCUGCUUGACCAGAAGAGGAAUCACCAUGUGGAAGGCCUGCUUCUCUAAAAAUAGACUUUAAUCGUACAUCAGCCUGUUGGAAAAGCACAAACAUUUGGAGACUGAGAACAUCAUGGAAGAAGAAGUUAUAUACAGUACAUUACACUAUAUUAGUGAACCGACUCUACAUAAACCCUUCUUGCCUCUUCUCUCCAGUCUUGAGAGAGCCCAGUUACUCUCUCUCCCCUUUCUUUCCCUAUCUCUCUUUCUCUUUCUCUGCACACAGACAUGCACUUCAGGAGUAUGUAAAGGAAGAUUGCGAUAUAUGGGAUCCUCGACUGCUUUGUUUUUUUAGAAACAGGAUAAAGUCAAGGUUAUAGUUCUGUUCUAAUAGCUGUUCUAAUCCAUUAAUGUGCAGAAAUAGGGGUUGAAUCCAAGAUUUGACUAUUGCAUAUAGAAAAAAAUAUAGACUUAUUUUAACAUAUUAAAGUUGGUUGAUUAUAUUAUAUAACAUAUUAAAGUUUCUUAUUACUGUGUUA